AAUACAGCAACACACCGGGAGCAUCACUGAGCGGAGGGAGCGUUCGUUUUUUGGGGGGGUUUUGACAGACCUGGCUGAACCGCUGUAUUUAGCUUUUGUCACGUUUGAUUACAGACCGACUUUGACGUCGCAGAAUGACCCCGGGUCCCUCCGAGCCUUGUGGAGUCUGAGGCCCCGCACAGAAAUCCACCUCGCACCGGCAGACGGACCCUCGCCUCCAGCAGCACUCAGCCCGAGACAAAAUGUCAAGCAGCCCGGAGGAGGAAAGUCAUUCCAGGGGCGGCGGCUCCGACCGUGACGUGAAGAUGGCUUCUUCGAGCAACACGUCUCUGGACAGUGUGCCAGCACCACAGCCACUGUCGCACCAGAACCGUAUACGGCAGUCUGACAGUAGCACCAGUUUCCUUCGAGCUGCCAGGGCAGGAAACAUUGACAAAGUCCUUGAAUUCCUAAAAAAUGGAGUGGACAUCAGCACUUGCAACCAGAAUGGUCUGAAUGCUUUACAUCUGGCAGCUAAAGAGGGACACCAAGAUUUAGUGGAGGAACUGUUAGAUCGAGGAGCGGCUGUUGACUCAUCCACCAAGAAAGGGAACAGUGCCCUGCAUAUCGCCUCACUGGCAGGACAAAAGGAUGUUGUCAGGCUACUGGUAAAGAGAGGAGCAGAUAUCAAUUCUCAGUCACAGAGUGGCUUCACUCCACUCUACAUGGCAGCCCAGGAGAAUCACUUGGAGGUGGUGAGAUACCUGUUGGAAAAUGAAGGGAACCAAAGCAUUGCAACAGAGGAUGGCUUCACUCCACUGGCCAUUGCUCUCCAGCAGGGUCACAACUCGGUGGUCUCCCUGCUGCUGGAGCACGACACUAAGGGCAAAGUUCGCCUACCUGCCCUGCACAUCGCAGCCCGCAAAGAUGACACAAAGUCUGCCGCUCUGCUGCUUCAGAAUGACCACAACGCUGAUGUCCAGUCUAAGAUGAUGGUCAAUAGAACGACAGAGAAUGGGAAGAGUGGAUUCACCCCUCUGCACAUUGCGGCUCACUACGGUAACGUGAAUGUCUCCACUCUGUUACUGAACAGAGGAGCUGCUGUGGACUUCACAGCCAGGAAUGGGAUAACUCCUCUCCAUGUGGCCUCAAAGAGAGGCAACACCAACAUGGUGGCCCUGCUGCUGGACCGAGGGGCCCAAAUAGAUGCAAAAACUAGGGAUGGGCUGACUCCCCUUCACUGUGCAGCCAGGAGUGGACAUGACCCUGCAGUGGAGCUGUUGCUGGAGAAAGGAGCCCCAAUCUUAGCCAGGACCAAGAACGGACUGUCUCCGCUGCACAUGUCGGCCCAGGGAGACCAUGUAGAGUGUGUGAAACUCCUUCUGCAGCACAAGGCACCUGUUGAUGAUGUGACGCUGGACUACCUCACAGCGCUGCAUGUCGCAGCUCACUGUGGGCACUACAGAGUCACCAAGCUUUUGCUAGACAAGAAGGCUAAUCCCAAUGCUAGAGCACUGAAUGGUUUCACUCCCCUCCACAUUGCUUGUAAGAAGAACAGGGUGAAGGUGAUGGAACUGUUGGUCAAAUAUGGCGCCUCCAUCCAGGCCAUUACUGAGUCUGGUCUGACUCCCAUCCAUGUAGCUGCCUUCAUGGGGCACCUCAACAUUGUGCUCCUCCUGCUGCAGAAUGGAGCCUCUCCUGAUGUCCGCAAUAUUCGUGGUGAGACAGCUCUCCACAUGGCAGCACGAGCAGGUCAAAUGGAAGUGGUUCGCUGUUUGCUGAGAAAUGGAGCGUUGGUAGAUGCCAUGGCCAGGGAGGACCAGACUCCCCUCCACAUUGCAUCCCGUUUGGGUAAAACAGACAUCGUCCAGCUGCUGCUUCAGCACAUGGCCCAUCCCGAUGCUGCCACCACCAAUGGGUACACACCCCUACACAUUUCAGCCAGGGAGGGCCAGGUAGAGACUGCUGCUGUGCUGCUGGAGGCUGGAGCCUCACAUUCAAUGGCCACCAAGAAAGGAUUCACCCCAUUACAUGUAGCUGCAAAAUAUGGAAGCCUUGACGUAGCAAAACUUCUCCUUCAGCGCAAAGCUCUUCCUGAUGAUGCUGGCAAGAAUGGUCUAACUCCACUACAUGUUGCAGCUCAUUAUGACAACCGAGAGGUAGCCCUACUUCUACUUGAUAAAGGGGCGUCACCUCAUUCUACUGCAAAGAAUGGCUACACUCCUCUCCACAUUGCAGCCAAAAAGAACCAGAAAAACAUCGCAUUAGCACUGCUACAGUAUGAAGCAGAGACCAACGUUCUUACCAAGCAGGGAGUCAGCCCACUACACCUGGCAGCGCAGGAAGGACACGCUGAGAUGGCCAGUCUGCUGCUGGGCAAAGGAGCUCACAUCAACACUGCCACCAAGAACGGACUGACUCCUUUGCAUCUCACAGCCCAAGAGGACAGAGUCAGUGCAGCAGAAGUACUGGCCAAACAUGAUGCCAACUUGGAUCAGCAAACCAAGCUCGGGUAUACCCCUCUGAUCGUGGCUUGUCACUACGGAAAUGCCAAGAUGGUGAACUUCCUCUUACAGCAUGGUGCCAGCGUCAAUGCCAAAACCAAGAAUGGAUACACACCACUUCACCAGGCAGCACAACAGGGGAACACACACAUCAUCAAUGUUUUACUGCAGCACGGGGCCAAGCCAAAUUCUACUACAGUGAAUGGAAACACUGCUCUCUCGAUUGCAAGACGCCUGGGUUACAUUUCUGUGGUAGACACACUGAAAGUUGUCACUGAGGAAGUUAUCACUACCACAACGACGGUCACAGAGAAACACAAGAUGAAUGUGCCCGAGACCAUGACUGAGAUCCUCGAUGUUUCUGAUGAUGAGGGUGAGGACACUAUGACAGGUGAUGGUGGGGAGUAUCUGAGAGCAGAGGAUCUCAGAGAGCUGGGUGAUGACUCGCUUCCAGGACACUACCUGGAUGGUUUCAGCUACAUGAGCCACAACCUGGACAGGCAGCAGCACACUCCCAUUCACAGUUUCCAUCAGAGGGAAGGCAUUCUUAUUGAAGACAUGCUUACAAGCCACCAGGUGUCGGCACUGGCUCGAGAGCACGAUAAGGAGUCGUACCGUCUGAGUUGGGGUGCUGAGCACCUUGAUAAUGUGGUGCUGUCCUCCAGUCUAUUACACUCUGGCCGUUCCUCUCCGUGCCUAGACCAUGACAACAGCAGCUUCCUGGUCAGCUUCAUGGUGGAUGCCAGGGGCGGGGCUAUGCGCGGUUGUCGUCACAAUGGCUUACGAAUCAUUGUACCACCAAGGAAAUGCUCUGCACCUACACGGGUAACAUGCAGGCUUGUUAAAAGACACCGUCUGGCCUCUAUGCCUCCCAUGGUGGAGGGUGAAGGGCUUGCUGGUCGCAUCAUAGAAGUAGGACCCACGGGAGCUCAGUUCCUGGGUAAGCUCCACCUUCCCACGGCUCCACCUCCUCUGAAUGAGGGCGAGAGCCUGGUCAGUCGUAUUCUGCAGCUGGGUCCUCCAGGAACCAAGUUCCUCGGGCCUGUGAUUGUGGAGAUCCCCCAUUUUGCAGCUCUUCGGGGCACAGAGAGAGAACUGGUGAUCUUGAGGAGUGAGACAGGGGAGAGCUGGAGGGAACACCACUGUGACUUCACUGAAGAAGAGCUGAACCAGAUACUUAAUGGCAUGGAUGAAAAACUUGAUUCUCCUGAGGAGCUUGAGAAGAAAAGAAUAUGCCGCAUCAUCACCCGAGACUUCCCACAGUAUUUCGCUAUUGUGUCAAGGAUAAAGCAAGACAGUCAUUUGAUUGGACCAGAGGGUGGCGUCCUUAGUAGCACUCUUGUUCCCCAGGUUCAGGCUGUUUUCCCUGAAGGAGCCCUCACCAAGAAAAUCAGAGUUGGGCUUCAGGCUCAACCCAUUGAUGUGGAAUUGGUUAGAAAGGUUCUUGGUAACAAAGCCACAUUUAGCUCAAUAGUAACUUUGGAGCCAAGAAGACGAAAGUUCCACAAACCAAUCACCAUGACAAUCCCUAUUCCCAAGAACACCAACACAGAUGAGCCAAACUCUGUGUAUAGUGGGGAGACCCCAACGUUACGUUUGCUUUGCAGUAUAACUGGUGGAACCACACCUGCUCAGUGGGAGGACAUAACUGGCUCUACACCUCUCACCUUUGUUAACCAAUGUGUUUCCUUCACCACUAAUGUGUCGGCAAGGUUCUGGCUGAUUGACUGUAGGCAGAUCCAGGAGUCUGUUAGUUUUGCCUCACAGCUGUACAGAGAGAUCAUUUGCGUCCCAUAUAUGGCCAAGUUUGUCAUUUUUGCCAAAACACUGGACCCCAUUGAGGCCCGCCUGCGGUGUUUCUGCAUGACGGAUGACAAGAUGGAUAAAACUCUGGAGCAGCAGGAGAACUUCACAGAAGUCGCUCGCAGCCGAGAUGUUGAGGUGCUGGAAGGAAAACCUAUAUUUGCUGACUGCUUUGGAAAUCUGGUGCCUCUCACAAAAACUGGACAACACCAUGUGUUCAGCUUUUUUGCCUUCAAAGAGAACCGACUGGCCCUCUUUAUCAAAAUCAGAGACACAGCACAGGAGCCAUGUGGUCGCUUGUCUUUCACAAAGGAACCACGAACAUACCGAAGUCUGCACCACAAUGCUAUCUGCAACCUCAACAUCACCCUCCCGACAUACUCAAAGGAGUCUGACUCAGACCAGGAUGCAGAUGAUGAGAGUGAGAAGAGUGACAAGAAAUAUGAUGAAUCUGAAUCAACCGAGACUUUCUCCCUGAGAACUAACCAACAACUUGACCCUGCAACCCUUGCAAGCCCAGACCUUCUCUCAGAUAUGUCAGACAUCAAAAUGACUGCCAUUGUGAUUGCAGAGCAAAUACAUGGAGAGGGAGCUGAGGCUACAGGGUUGGAUGAACAACAUUUUGUCUUAGUAAAUCAGUUCAAAGACAAGAUGGAAAUGUUUGGAGAGACCCAAAGUCAUGGAAGGCACUUUAUACAGGACCCACAAAGAGGUGACACUAAAAAGGAUCAAUGGGGCUCAUUUUGUGAGAAGGCUGACGGAAUUAAUUCUCUUGUCAAAGAAUCGGUUUUCCAGGAGAUUUGCAUUGAGAGACACCUUUCAAAUGAAACUGCCACACAGCCCAGAGACAUGACUAACAUGGUCUCACACCUCAGGAUCGACAUGGAAGAUUACCUUGAACAAAGACCUGUACUGAUGCACGGUUCUCAAGAAAAUUAUAUCCAAGAUACAUUUGAACAGGUGGUUGUAAAGCGUGAUGGCAAACGACGUCCCCCAGAUAUUAAGAAACCUAUUAGGAAGAAACUUAGAGAGAGAGAGCGUUCUGGUUGUAGCAGCUCUGAGGGGGAGCUGGAAAGGGUGAGCUCUGAGGAGUCUUUAGAUGGCGAUGUUGUUCUUAAAGACAGUGGCCUGGGUCAUGUCCCAGUUACUGAUCCUCCAGCUUCUCCUCUAGUGGUUGAAACAUCUAUAGGAUCUAUAAAAGACAGAGUGAAAGCUUUGCAGAACAAAGUUGAAGAAGAUGAGGUGCAAAAAAGUACUCAAGUUAAAGUGCAUGAAGUAAAAACAUUGAUUACCACAAAGAGAGAGGCAGACCCUCCAGAACUUCCCAAAGUUCCCAAGUCUCCUAAAUCUCCCAGAUCUCAGACAGAAAGACUGGAGGAGACUAUGUCUGUUAAGGAGCUCAUGAAGGCAUUCCAAACAGGGCAGGACCCUUCAAAAAACAAAUCUGGGCUAUUUGAACACAAAUCUGUUACUUCAUCUAAUGUAACAUUUCAACAUCCUUCACAUGAGCCCAUGUCACAAAUUCAUACUCAGAGAUUCACAGUUUCCCAUCAACAGCAUGAUGAUAUGAAAUGUGAAGAAACAGAUGAACCAGGAAAGACUGUAAAAUCGGUAGAUACGGUUCAUUGUCAGAAUGAAGGGGUUAGCCCACAGAGAGAGACACUAGAGUUGUCAGAAAAGGAGGCAACGUCUGUGAAGGAGCUGUUGAAAACAUUCCAGUCUGGGCAGGAUCCCUCAAAAACCAAAAUAGGGCUUUUUGAGCACAAAGCAAUGGAUUCCUGUAUUUCAACAAUGGUAUCCCAAUCAGAAGAUUCUGGAGAAAUACAGAUGAAUCAACAACAUCCUGUGGAACAGAUAAAAUCACAAAACCAGGACUUUACUAGUAAUGCCACCAUAUGUGACAAGACAAACACAGAAGAUCAACCAACAAGUGCAAUUAGAGAUACAUCUGAUAAAUCACACUUGAAUUCAAAUGGUGCUCCUUUUGGAAAGACAGUAACAUUUGCUGAUACAGUUCAGUGUGAUGAUGGAGCAGUUAUCCCACAGAGAAAUACACCAGAGUUGUCAAGUAAAGAGACAAUGUCUGUGAAGGAGUUGAUGAAAACAUUCCAGGUUGUACAGGACCCUUUAAAAAGUAAAGGUGAGCUGUUGGAAAACACAACAGUUGCUUUGUCUCAUAUUUCAACAUUGACAUCUGAAGCAGUUUGUCCUGAGGAAAUGGAGAAAGCUGAAGACUGUCCUACAAAGUCACAAACCAAAAUACUGAGUUUUACUGUUUGUCAUCCAGCGAGUGCUGACAGCAUCUGUGAGGUAUUAGAUGAAGAGGUUGAAACCAUGCAGCUAAAGAGAAACAUAUCUGGGGAAUGUCAACAGUUUUCAGAUAUGACUUAUUCUGAUAACGCAGCAAAAAGUGUUGAUGCUUUACAAUUGGAUGAUGGAAGGGUUAGUCCUCAGAACAAGAAUCAAGAGUUCAUUGGGAAAAGCCUUGGCAUGAUGCAGUUAGAAGAGCCAGUCAUAAGCACUGGUAGGAGUUUAUCUGAAGACUUACAAAUCAGUCCUGAUCGCAGACCAUCUGAGGACUUUAGUGCUGACAUAAAGGCUGAGUUGGAAGAAAGUCCCGAGUACCAGCUUUUCAAGCAGACGGCAAGAACUGCAGAUGUUAGUAAUCAGUUUGAAGUACCUGAGGAUGAGACCUUGGGUCAUGACUCGCAUAUAAAUCCAACUUCCACAUUGGCUCCCUGCAUUAAAGGUUAUUUUGAAAAAGAAAGUGAUAAAGAUCAUGAUAUGUGUCCUGAGAGUCCCAAGCAUGAAGACAUUGCUGAAAUCUCAGACAAUGGUAUAAGUAUUAGAACCCAUCAUUCCAGCUCAGGGGAGAAUGAGAAUUAUGAAGGACCUGCAGUGACUCAUCAAAUGACUGAUGAAAUGCCUACUUACUCUGCCAGGAAAGAAGACAAUAACAUCAUGCCUUCACAGGAAGAGGAACUCCAUCAUUUGUGGGUGGACAAUAAAACAAUUCCCAAUGAAAGCAAAACACCCGUGACUCAAAUGGACACUGACAUAACUGAUGAGGAAAUAUUUGAAGAAGUCCGCACUGAGAAGAAAACCUCUAGCAAGACAUCUCCUGUUGUAAAAGACAUGUCAGGGAUGUUGUCCUUAAUGAACAGUGAUUUGGAUCAGUACCUACAAAUCAGUCCAGUGGCAAGUCAGAAAUCAGUGGAGGAUGUUGUUCAGGAACAUUUUGAACAAAUACUUUUACCAAAGGACAAAAAUAAUGAAAUCACUGAUGAAAAUAAAGGAGCAAUUGUGGGCGGAACAAUGCAAGAAAUGGGUCAUGUAACAAUGGAAAAACAAUCAAUUAGAAGAGGAAAUGAAGAGUUAAAGGGAGAAUCUGAAGAACCAAAAGCAUCCACACAAGCAAAUGCUUUGGAAGGGAUGUUUGUCAUCACAAACAAUGAUUUCCCACAAGAUCAGUAUCUUGAGGAUGGGCCUGUGUCUGAUAAUUCAGUCAGAGGGGAUAAAUUGCAGAACAAUUUUGAAAAAAUACCCACGUUCACUGAAGAAAAUAAAGGAUUGACAGUGAAUAACACAGAACAGACAGAUUGUGUGGUACUGAAACAUUCAGUCACAACAGAAGGCAAAGAAGUAAUAUGUGUCUUUGAUGAAACCCAAUCAAAGUUGACUGAAGAACCACCAAUGCAGGAAGAGUAUGUCGAGGAAAAUUUGCAUCAACCAUUUACACAAGUAAAGGACAUGUCAGGCAUGCUAUCACUGCUGAACAGUGACUUGGAUUUGUAUCUCAAGGACAGACCAGUGAAUAAUGUGCCUACAGAGGAGGAUGUUAUUCAGGAAACAUUUGAAAAAGUUACUCUAACUAACAUUCGAAAAUUAUCUAGUGAUGAGCAAAUAAUAGCCGUUACUAAGCUGGAGGAAAAAAUUAGUGAAGAGGCUGAAGAAGACCUGCAGACUAAUGUGUUUACAGACCACCAUCUCAAGGAAAAUGUGCUCACAAUACAAUGCCAGCCAGAAAAGGAUCUAGUGCAUGAGAGCUGUGAACAAGUUAAACUGACAAGUAAUAAUUUUGAGAAUAAAAUAGAGGGAGGGGCAAAUGAACACCUUCAGACAUAUGUGGUUGAUGUCAAAGAAGUCAAACCAAGUUCCUUAUCAGAGACAGCAUUCCAAGAAGUUUGCAUCCAAAGAAAUGCACACCAACAACAGCCUCAACCUGAGAAGAAUAUCACAGGCAUGUUGUCGUUGCUCAGUACUGACUUAGAUCAGUAUCUCAAUGAAAACCCAGUGACAGUGCAAUGCCAGCUGCAAGGGGAUCUCAUACAUGAGAGCUGUGAACAAGUUAUAAUAACAAGUAAUGAUCCUGAGGAUCAAAUAGAGAGAGAGGCAAAUGACCAUCUUCAGACUGAUGUGGUUGAUGCCAAAGAAGUCAAACCAAGUUCCUUAUCGGAGACAGCAUUCCAAGAAGUUUGCAUCCAAAGAGAUUUACACCAACAGCAGCCUAAACCUGAGAAGAAUAUCACAGGCAUGUUGUCUUUGCUCAGUACUGACUUAGAUCAGUAUCUCAAUGAAAACCCAGUGACAGUGCAAUGCCAGCUGCAAGAGGAUCUCGUACAAGAGAGCUGUGAACAAGUUAUAAUAAAAAGUAAGGAUAAUGAAGAUAAAAUAGAGGGAGAGGCAAAUGAACAUCUUCAGACUGAUAUGGUUGAUGUGAAAGAAGUUACAAAUUCCUUAUCAGAGACAGCAUUCCAAGAAGUUUGCAUCCAAGGAAAUGCACACCAACAACAGCCUAAACCUGAGAAGAAUAUCACAGGCAUGUUGUCUUUGCUCAGUACUGACUUGGAUCAGUAUCUCAAUGAAAACCCAGUGACAGUGCAAUGCCAGCUGCAAGAGGAUCUCGUACACGAGAGCUGUCAACAAGUUAUACUAACAAGUAAGGAUUCUGAGGACAGGAUAGAUGGGCAAACAAGUGAGGAUCUUCAGACCAAUGUGGUAAACAUCAAAGAACCAACAGCAUGCUUUGUUUCAGAGGCCCCACUCGAAGAAUCUUACAUCAAAACAAAUGCACACCAACAACAGCCUGAACCUGAGAAGAAUAUCACAGGCAUGUUGUCAUUGCUCAGUACUGACUUUGAUCAGUAUCUCAGUGAAAACCCAGUGACAGUGCAAUGCCAGCUACAAGGGGAUCUAGUACAUGAGAGCUGUGAACAAGUUAUAAUAACAAGUAAGGAUUCUGACGAUCAAAUAGCGGGAGAGGCAAAUGACCAUCUUCAGAUAGAUGUGGUUAAUGUAAAAGAAGUCACACCAAGUCCCUUACCAGAGACAGCAUUCCAAGAAGUUUGCAUCCAAAGAAAUGCACACCAACAACAGCCUAAACCUGAGAAGAAUAUCACAGGCAUGUUGUCAUUGCUCAGUACUGACUUAGAUCAGUAUCUCAAUGAAAACCCAGUGACAGUGCAAUGCCAGCUACAAGAGGAUUUCGUACAAGAGAGCUGUGAACAAGUUAUAUUAAAAAGUAAUAAUUUUGAGGAUCGCAUAGAGGGAGAAGCAAAUGAACAUCUUCAGACAGAUGUGGUUGAUGCCAAAGAUGUCACACCAACCUCCUCACCAGAGACAGCAUUCCAAGAAGUUUGCAUCCAAAGAAAUGCACACCAACAGCAGCCUAAACCUGAGAAGAAUAUCACAGGCAUGUUGUCAUUGCUCAGUACUGACUUAGAUCAGUAUCUCAGUGAAAACCCAGUGACAGUGCAAUGCCAGCUACAAGGGGAUCUAGUACAUGAGAGCUGUGAACAAGUUAUAAUAACAAGUAAGGAUUCUGACGAUCAAAUAGCGGGAGAGGCAAAUGACCAUCUUCAGAUAGAUGUGGUUAAUGUAAAAGAAGUCACACCAAGUCCCUUACCAGAGACAGCAUUCCAAGAAGUUUGCAUCCAAAGAAAUGCACACCAACAACAGCCUAAACCUGAGAAGAAUAUCACAGGCAUGUUGUCAUUGCUCAGUACUGACUUAGAUCAGUAUCUCAAUGAAAACCCAGUGACAGUGCAAUGCCAGCUACAAGAGGAUUUCGUACAAGAGAGCUGUGAACAAGUUAUAUUAAAAAGUAAUAAUUUUGAGGAUUGCAUAGAGGGAGAAGCAAAUGAACAUCUUCAGACAGAUGUGGUUGAUGCCAAAGAUGUCACACCAACCUCCUCACCAGAGACAGCAUUCCAAGAAGUUUGCAUCCAAAGAAAUGCACACCAACAGCAGCCUAAACCUGAGAAGAAUAUCACAGGCAUGUUGUCAUUGCUCAGUACUGACUUAGAUCAGUAUCUCAAUGAAAAUCCAGUGACAGUGCAAUGCCAGCUACAAGAGGAUCUCGUACAUGAGAGCUGUGAACAAGUUAUAUUAACAAGUAAGUAUUCUGAGGACAGGAUAGAUAGGCAAACAAGUGAGGAUCUUCAAACCAAUGUGGUAAACAUCAAAGAACUGACACCAUGCUUUGUUUCGGAGACCCUACUCGAAGAAUCUUACAUCAAAUCAAAUGCACACCAACAACAACAACCUAAACCUGAGAAGAAUGUCACAGGCAUGUUGUCGUUGCUCAGUACUGACUUAGAUCAGUAUCUCAAGGAAAAGCCAGUAGCAAUGCAGUUCUAUUCAGAAGAUCUAGUCCAUGAGCGCUGCAAUGAAGUUGUGUUAACAAGUGAUAAUUUGGAGGAUACAAUGUGUGAAGAGCUAAAUGAAGAGUGCCACAAUGAUGCCGUUGGAGUCACAGCAUUGUUACCAGCUUCUGUUUUUGAGACAACUUUCAAAGAAGUUUGCAUCGAGAAAAAGGCAGAGCAGCCUGUAGCUGAAAGGGAUAUGUCAGGAAUGUUGUCAUUGGUCUGUAGUGACUUAGAUCAGCAUUUAAAGGAAAGUCCAGUGGCAACACAAUGCCACCCAGAAGAUGAUGUAUUGCAUGAGAGUUGCAAACAAAUUAUCUUAACAGAAGUCUCUCCUAAAUAUGAGAUGACAUCACCAGAGGAGACACAUUUUAGCAAUGAAGAUAUCAAUAAUGAGGUUUUGGAAAGUAGCUGGCACACACAUACAUUGGCACAACUACCUAGUAGUUCUGGCACACUGCAACGUCCAGCCUAUUUGGAGAACCUAAACAAUGUGAAUUUUGAUGACCCAACCGAAGAGCCAUGUCAUCAGGAUUCACUGGAGGCUAGUCCUGUCCUCGAGGAUGGAUCUUCAAGAAAGUCACCUGAUUCAAUUGAGCCAAGCCCUACUGGAUACUCCCCAUAUCAAGACUCUCUUGAGGGAAGUCCUACUACAUCAAAGGAACUGGAACUUAAGACACUCCCCAAGACAGCUGUGUAUGAGGACUAUGCUUCCCAACUCAAAGCAUGUUUUGCAUAUGACACAAAUAUUUAUAGGCAUGGCAAUGAGCUUGAUGUGGAAGAAAACAGUGUCAUGAAUAAUAUCCAAAUGGAAAGUGAGAUUGAUGACCAGUGUUCCAACUCGGCAACAGAAGUAACUGAUGGCAACAUUUCGGAUCCCAAAACGUGUGAAAGUGUGAACCUUCAUAUGCCCGUAAGGGAAGACUCUCUUGACUCAGUGGAUGAUAAUGAUACCACUAAUAAACAGUUCACACCAGAGGAGGAGAUGUUUAAAAUGGCUGCAAAGAUCAAAACAUUUGAGGAGAUGGAACAAGUGGCUAAAAUGAAGAAAGAUACCAUUUUAGAGACAGGUGAUCACAAAGAAAAUGAGCUAAAUCUCAACUUUGGCGCAGUUAUGCAGUCGUCGUUACAAGAAACACUACAGGAAACUUUUAAUAAUUUUAUGACAGGAAACAAUGAAACGUUUGGUGAAUCGACAGAUAUGAAUUCAAGAAUUGUGGAGAAGGUAGAAAAUCAGACUCAAAUGAAAACUGUUCAGUCAGCUGAUGGCCCAUUGUGCAUGAAUGCAACUCAGAUAGAGGAACCCCAUCCAGAAAGUGAGGGGUGCAUGUCAUUGUUGACAGAAAAAGCUCAAAUACACAGUAACAAAGAUGCCAAAGAAAGUGUCAGUUCCUCAGUCAGUGACAUGGAUUAUUCCAGCUGUGUAACAGAUGAGCACCAUCCAGGUGAUGAUGAAGUCGAAUUGCCACUGACAGGUGGUUCAGAUUCUGUUGACAGGCCUAGGCCUAUGGUGUAUACUAAACAACUAGAUAAUGUCAUCCCAGGGUGUGAGGGUGACAAUGAUUUUGCCUUCAAUGCGCUGGUUGGUUCUGAGAAAGAGACUGACAAGUGCCCAGAGGCGAAAAGAGGAACAAUUUAUAAAACACCUGUUCGAACUCCAGGUGAUGAGAAAACCCCUGAUCCAUUUCAAUACCAAGAAGGAAAGCUAUUCGAAAUGACCAGAGGUGGUGCUAUUGAUAUGACAAGAGGAAGUUGUGAUGAAGAAGUAGAAGAAUAUGCACUUUUUCAUGGAGCAGAAUAUUCAGUUGAUGAUGUUGUUGCAAAAGAGACUGGGGAGGAACUGUCAGUCUCAAAGUCUGUAACUUUAGAAAGUAGUGAUUCUGUUACAAGCAUAACCCUUCAAGAGACCCACAAAUCAUCCAUGACUCAGAGUGCUGAUGACCAAAGUCCUACUCCCAAACCAAGAACUCUCAUCAAACCCAUAGGUGUCAAGCCACAAAGACCACUUUCUGAAGCUGAUCUUGGCAGCUCCACUGAAGUGCACCUUGGUUCCCCCACUGUUUUGGAGAAACUAACCAAUGUUCAACACGAGACUGGAAGCUUUAAAAGCCUUGAUCUAGACUACCUAGACUCUACUGUAGCUGAGCUUCAAUCAGAUACAUCCUCAAUUGUCAAUUCUGCAUAUUCUGAACAGAGCCACGAUUCCACAGACUCCUCCAAUGAUGAUGAUGAUGAUGAUGAUGAUGAUGGGGAGGAGGACGAUGAAGAUGACCAGUGCUCAGUCAUAGAGAUGUCUCUUUCAGUUGCACAGGCUGGCAUCCCAGCAUACGAUCAGGACUCGCAAUUAUCUGAGCUUAAUCAGGUUCAAAGAAAAUCAGAUAAAAGCUCAACUUUGGAACGUAGGUCUAGAUCUGAGGCUGACAGUGACAGAGGGAAAGCUUCCAAUACAGAGAGUAGAAGUUAUUCUGACAGUAAUCAAUUCUCUUGUGAUUCAAGCGACUCCUCUAAACCUCCUGUCAUGUCUACUCUGCAAAGGAAAGAAAGCAAAGUGUCUAACACUACAGAAACAUCAGUUAGAUCAUCUGUGGAUAUUGACAAUAUAAGCAGUGCGAGUCACAGGAGUCCAGAUUCCGUUAUCUUCACAUAUGACAGCCAAGCCUCACAUAGUUCAUAUUCUGAUGGCAAUCAGUUGCCAAUUGUGCAACCCUCUUCUGGAACAGAGGAUGUAUUUGAAUCAAGGCCUGCCUGGAAAGACACGGUGGGAACUCAGAUGCAGAGAGUCAACGAUGAUGAAACUCCAGAAUGUAUGUCAGUUGAUUGGCAGGAUGAUGCUGACAGGAAGGAAGAGACAUUAGCUAUCAUUGCAGAUCUUCUUGGUUUCAGCUGGACUGAACUAGCAAGAGAACUGGAAUUCAGUGAGGAUGAUAUCCAGUUAGUGAGAACAGAGAAUCCUAAUUCUCUUCAAGAUCAGAGUCAUGCAUUGCUGCAGCGCUGGGUUGAGCGGGAAGGCAAACAUGCCACAGAGGAUUGUCUGAUUAAAAGGCUUACCAAGAUCAAUCGCAUGGACAUAGUACACCUCAUUGAAACCCAGAUGAACAAGUCCAUUCAAGAGCAAACAUCUAGAACUUAUGCAGAAAUAGAGAAGACACUGGAUCAUAGUGAAGUGUCAGUCGCCCUAUCUUCAGUACAAGAGGAUGCAGAUAGCCCUAGAGUUGUGAGAAGGGUGGAGUCGGAUCGCAGACCACCCCCAGCUGUUUCUGAAGAGGACCUCUCAGUUGCCUCUCUUCUGGACAUUCCGUCCUGGGCAGAGCCUGCUGGACAUGUACAUUCAGAGAGCAUGCAUGGUGAUCUGUUAGAGGAGCUAGAAAUCCCACAAGAAUUUAACCCUAACCUGUGGACUUCUGAGGAUGCACCCGGACCUUCAAGUUACGACAACUCAGAUAGUCAAGCUGAUGAGAUGUUUGACCUCCCCCCUCAGUCAGUGACAGAGGAAAAGUAUCGGGAUGAAAAUGGACACCUCGUUGUCAAAACGGUUACCCGUAAAAUUGUUCGCAAAUGUGUGUCUGUGGACGGCGUGCAGCGAGAAGAGGUGUCCUUGGAAGGAGCUCCACAGGAGUCCAUCAGUAUGGCAGAGGGAGACGGCUACUCCAAGGUUGUGAAGCGGACUGUACUGAAGAGUGAAGGAGACCAUACCGAGGUUACAUUUGCUGAAUGUGAGGGUUUCUCAGCAUCAAAGCAGGAGACGGCUGAGGGUAGUAAGGUCAGUCUCAUGGAAAAGACAGUAGUGAUGGAAGGUGAAAGGACGAUGACCCUUCAGGGGGAUCCGUCCUUGUCCUCUGACCUCCCCACAGCCCAAGACGACUUCAAACAGGCACUAGGUUAUAUAAGUGGUUGUAGCAGAACAAAGCUCCCUCAUGUGGUCGAGCAAGAGACUCAUAAAGAAGACGGUACAGUGGUCAGGAGGGCUCACAUGCGUAAAGGUCGCACCCUCCGACGGACAGUGGUGAAGGGAGCUGGGCAGCGUAAACAUGUUCUUCUAGAGCAAGUGGACAAUCCCAAAAAAGGAUCCAAAGUACGUGAUCUUCAGCAGCAUCUCCACCAGCUCUUACAUCAUUACCACGAAGACGAGGAGGAGGACAGUGAUAAGGGUGAAGAGGAGGAUGAAGAGUAGAGGAUUGUCUAACACUCCCCCCUCCCACUGACUUCCUGGCUUUGUCCAUGCUAAAGUCUCCCCUAAUCCUAUGCAUUAACCAACUGCAAUCCCAGUGUGCACCAUGGCACCUCAAAGCUACCACAGUCUUCCUAUUCAAGUCCAGGAAGAUGACAUCUUGUUCACAAUGUUGAGUUUUCUUCCCUGGAUGGCAUUAUCCUUAUGAUUAGUAUUAUUAUCAUUAUUAUUUAUUAUCCAUGCAUUUUGUUCAUGUCUUGAUGUUGUUUUGCCUUUUUUGUGACCAAAGAAACACAUUUGUUGUUUUCCUGAUUCAUUUUACUUCCCAUGUCCAAUAUGUCUUUGAAAUGAUUUGUCCUUAUGCUGUGGUAGAUGGGGUGAAAAAACUGUGUAAUAAUACAUUAACUAACUCAACACUCACACUCUUGAAGGUAAGGAACACUUUACCUGCAAAACACUUGGUAGGUGCUUUAACUGAAAGACAGCACUGCCUCUUAUAACCAGUUUCUCAGAUGUUCAUAACAAAAAACUGUUUCACUCACUGCACUACCUGUACGUUUGAGUCCGGUGGUCAUGAUGUCACACAGAGAAACCAGACUGUAUCAACUGCUGCUGCUGCUGCUGCUGUGUUUUGUGUGGGCUAUGUGUAAUCUGUCUUUGGGAAUUAUAUAGUAUCUAUAAUCUAGACAUUACUGACAUCUGUAGCCUAGGAAUUAAUAAUCACUCAUCUGAAGUAGAGCAGGCAUGACGAAUCAACAUCAGUCAUUAUGAUCCUAGCUUUGACUGCUUUGUAGUUUUAUGGAUUGCACCUCUGUCUCUCUUUCCCUUCUGUCUGUCUGUCUGUCUGUCUCUGUGUUUUUAUGUGUGAUAUAAUUCAUUCAGUUUUCUUAAGUUGUUGAUCUUGACUUGACUAUUGUACGGCUGGUGAAUGUGUGAGUGAGAACAUACUGAGGCUCCCAUUAGUUUCUCCAUGCAUGUGUUGGGUAAAAUACUGCAUUGACUGCUGAGUUGAGAAGGAUAUAUUUGAUUAAUUUUAAUGUUUAAAGUUUGAUGUUUGGAGAUACUUUCAAGUUUAUUUUUGACUAUUGAAUUCUGACUAUACUGACUAUUUGACUAUUGAAUUGACUAUGAAUUCUGUUUACUAGUUAGUAUAGAUCUUUUUUUUAAUUUUAAUUUUAAGUUUGAGUUUUAUUAGGUUAGCUUUUGAAACAGAAAGUGUAUCAUACCAGGUAUCGGUACAGUCGUGGUGUCUGCUUGUGGGCGAACGAGUGUGUGAGUGUAGUGAAAGAGUUUUGCUAGUCUCAGCAAAGAAAAAUAACAGUAUUUAUUUUACACAAAUCGUAUUUGCACUCCUGAAUGUUAGGAGGGAAAACAUUGCUUCUUGUGCACUGGAUAUAUGGAUAUAUCAGGUGAUACGUAAGAGAAAAUAAUACACCAGGCAUACACGUGUUGACGCAGGUUGAGAGCUUAAAUAUACCAUUAAUCACGGCUCUGAGUUUCGCUACUGUCUGUAUCUACAACAUGCAAUGUAUUUCUUUCACUCUCACUGUUUACUUUGUGAUUUAGAAAAAUGUAAAAUGCAAACUAGUGGAAGUUCACUGUGACAGGUAUGCUUUUAAUUUGAAGAAUCAGCAUCCCUUUUCUGUUAUGAUGACAGUUAUAUACAUAUACAAUGCAUAUACAUAUCUAUAAGGGCAUGUAUUACUGUAUUACAAAAUCAAAAAGACAAAAACAAAAUGGCUGCAGUGUCUAUGGCUGAUAGAGAAUAAAAGUCUACAAAUG